AUGCCGGGUCUUGUGGAGGAAGUGGUGGCAGCGGCAAUGGCCGCGCCGCCCGAGUACAGCGUGCUGAAGCAGCGGGUGGACGUGGACGUCGACUUUGCGACACAGACGUUGAGAGGCAGUACGGAGAUUACGUUGCAACCGCUGCUGAAGGAUCUGAAGCAGAUACGGCUGCACUGCCGACAAUGCAAGCCGACGUCUAUCCAGGCUGGCGGCAUCACGGCCAAGUACGAGUACGAUGAUCCCUACCGAAACCUGCGCAUGCCCAGAGGCUCGACGAUACACCAGCAUCAGAUGCUGAGGGAGAAGCUUGAGCGGUCACUACAUCCGCAGCCUGAACCUGAGCUUGUGAUACAGCUGCCACCGAAGCUGAAGAUUCAGGAGCUACACAUCGACCCCGUGACUACCAUCCCGCAAUUUACCGGUACGCCGAGCCUCCAGAAACAGGAGUCUGAUGCAAUGGCGAUUGCGGCCGAGACUCCAACCAUAGCCGCAGCGGCACAACAAGGCCCACAAUUCGCGCCAAUCAAGCUCUCCAUCGAAUUCGAGACUACCACUCUCCGAGAUGGCGUUCGUUGGUUGGGCUGUCUAGAGGGCGACAAGCACUACCCGUACAUGUACACUAAAGCUGAACGAUGGCCUGGCAACACAAGUUGCAUUUUCCCUUGUCUGGACGAUAGGACAUCGAGAUGCAGCUGGGAACUAUCAAUCCGCUGUCCUCGUACGCUUGGUGAUGCUUUCAGAACUUCAGCGGCAGAUAAAGCAAUUGAUCCUGGACCAGCAAGCACAAACGGCGACAUCGUGAUGACAAAUGGCGAUCAGGCACAAGUCUCAGGCGAAGCACCGUUUGACUACCUCAUAGAUCUCGGUGAUGAAGACGCCGCCCUCGAGCUGGCUGUGGUGUGCGUAGACUCUGAAGAUGAGACACGACGGACCGUCUCCUUCACUCUUGCAGACCCGGUAGCGGCACGACAUGUUGGUUUCGCAAUUGGCCCGUUCGAACGCAUCGACUUAUCGAGCACUCGUGCUACUGAAGAUGAAGAGCGGCUCGGGCAGAGCGCGAUCAGAGUAGAUGGCUACUGUCUCCCUCGUCGAGGUGAAGAAGUUCGCAACACUUGCUUUCCAAUGACACGAGCCAUGGACUACUUCGCUGUGAAUUACGGAUCAUUUCCGUUCUCGGCCUAUCAGAUGCUAUUUGUGGACGACCUCAUCUACGAUACUGUACCUGCGGCUGGCCUCUCUAUCUGCAGCACACGCCUCCUCUUCCCAGAAACCAUAAUCGAGCCUAUGGACCGCAAUACCCGUGUACUGAUACGCGCACUUGCAGAUCAGUGGAUGGGCGUGAGCGUGAUUGCAAAGGAGCCUACUGACGCAUGGGCGGUAGCUGGUGUGGCGGGGUACAUGACGGAUGCCUAUGGCAAGAUACUCUUCGGCAACAACGCCUACAGAUGGCAGCAGAAGCUUGCUGCGGAAAGAGUCUACGAGCUGGAUGCUGAUCGACCAUCAAUCUACCACCAUGGCCCACUGCUACACCUUGAGCAAUCUGUCCGUGACUUUCUGGACCUCAAGUCCGCUCUGGUGCUGUUCAUUCUUGAUAGGCGGAUUCUCAAGGCUAGUGGCCUUACUGGGGUCCAGCGUAUCGUGAACCGCAUCUUCAUGAACGCCAAAAGUGGCUCGCUUGAGAAUGGCGAGCUAUCUACGGCGGAGUUCCAACGACAGUGUGAAAGGCUUGGUCACAACAAGCUGGAAUCGUUCUUCAAACAGUGGGUUCAGGGUGCCGGCUGUCCCAUUUUCGAAGUCAGUCAACGCUUUAACAAGAAGAAGCUGGUAGUCGAGAUGACGAUUUCGCAGCGACAACUAGAUCGACAGACCAAGCCACUUUUCGCACCGAACAACUUCAUGAGGGAGAUCAAGGAGUACACUAGUGAUGUCUGGGCUCCUGAGGUCCAGCCUGUCUUCACCGGACCAAUGACUAUACGUAUCCACGAAGCAGAUGGCACACCCUACGAGCACAUAGUGGAGAUCAAGGAGCAAGUUACGAAGCUGGAAAUUCCGUACAAUACCAAGUAUAAGCGCUUGAAGCGAUCACGGAGACAGAAAGAUCGGGCGGCUGCGAGUGAAAAUAAUGCUGGUGAAGGUGGUGAAGACGCGCUUCUGUAUUGCUUAGGCGACAUCCUGGACUCGCCUGAACAGCAGGCAGACUGGCAACUCAUGGACUGGACCACGGAAGAUGAGGAGCGCAUGGGUCAGGAGAGCUUCGAGUGGAUACGCAUGGAUGCGGACUUUGAGUGGAUUGGCAAGAUUCAUCUGACUAUGCCGCUGUACAUGUACGUCUCGCAACUUCAGCAGGAUCGAGAUCUGGUGGCCCAAUACGAGUCGAUGCGGUAUCUGAUCAUGGCCAAUCCCCAUCAUGUUUCGCUGAGCAUUCUUGUGCGGACGCUAAUGGACCGGCGGUACUUUCAUGGGAUACGCACGAUGGCCGCGGAUGGCAUCGCAAUACUUGCCGCUAAUGCCAAGGCCGAGACAGAGAUGGGCGGCAAGGUAAAGGCACUGGGUGGCUUCCACCUACAGAAAGCAUUCGAGGAGAUGUUCUGCUUUCCUGGUGAAUCCAUUCCGAGACCAAAUGAUUGGACUAACCGAGUGCAGUUCACUCUGCAAUGUGCAUUACCACGAGCCAUGUCUAAGCUGCGCGACGUGGAAGGCAAAGUGCCCAUGCCUAUCCGCCAAUUCUUCGUGGAUAAGCUACGCUUCAACGACAACUCCGACAACCCUUUCUCAGACUGUCACUAUAUCACGACGCUCAUGCAUUGUCUAGCAGACUCACUCGUAAUAUCGCAUCGCGAACCACAGCCAACUUACACCUUCAGCUUCGGCGGCGACGACGAGUCUAACGAGCCUGAGAACCCAGAUGAGCCAUUCGAGACCGAGGGUAUAGAUGCCAUCGAGCGCUACAGGCGGAUCGACGAGUACAAUCCUACAUACCAUAAUAUCUACUCAAUGACUGCGCUCGAAUGCCUACAAAAGCUGGCGAAAGCUGGUAUGGUGAAGGACAAGACGAGAGAAGUGCUGCAGUACACCCGGUCCGGCAACGCGGAUCUGGUGCGGAUAGCGGCUUUCAAGUCCUUGACUGAGAUUGGGCUGACGAGGAAGAUGGGCAUGAUGAAGUAUCUGCUGAGAUCUAUUGCGGAGGAGCUUGCGCCAUACGUUCGCAACAAACUCAUGGGUGUGCUUGGCGAAGCUUUGGGUCAUAUUGCGCUUGGUGAUCCCACGCCAGAACAACCUGCUACUGUUGCUGCGACUGGUGAAGCCGAGGGUCUAGUUCUUGAGCAGGAGGCCAGUAAUGAAACGCGAGCCAUUGAAGCGAAUCGCAAAGCAUCACCCGAAGGCGCCAUAGCCGCGCUCAAAGUCACUUUAGGAGAUGAAGAGGUCUUGAAGGAAGCACUAUGGUAUGCUGCGACCUCAACAGACAUCUCUCUGGACGAUAUUGCCGGUCUCUGUGACAUCGCUGCUCUGAUGUUCGAUCCUGUUGCCUCGAGCAUCGUUACUCUACGCCUACCAAGACAAUGGCAUGUCGCGCGCCAGGAUCGCAGCAAUAAGGUCAUGCGAUUUAGGCAACAUGGUCCUUACCGCAUCGCUCCCCGUAAGCCGCUUGAUCUGGAAGACUUGCAGCGGAUGACUGAGCUGGGUUUAUUGUACACAGGGCCAAAGGCCGUCGAAGCUGUGAAGCGUCGACAGAGCAGUGAGGAGGAUAUCCCGCUUGCCAUGCGUAAGCAGCUGCAGCAAUCUGUCAUGGGCCCGCCUCCACCAGCUGUAAUCGCCACUCCUACGCCGACUCCGACUACGGAGAAACCCAUGCCGAUCAUCAAGCUGAAACUCGGUGGCGAUAAGCGGAAAGCAAGUGUUGAUCUGGGCUCGCAGCGCGCUGGUAGUCCCAAGGCGCCGAAGCUCACCCAUGCUCAGAGCCCGCCGGCACGCAGGAGUCCGAGUGUAGCUAGUCAGAGAAGGAAUAGUACUCCUGGCUCCAGUGCACUUGCCCGGUCUGUGAAACGGGACCCUCUCAAGCUGCGCUUCUGCUCCGCGGCGCAAGGAAAGCUACAAGAUAUCCUGUCUCGUCCACCGCAGCCUGCAGGGAAGCGGAAACUAUCUGUUGCUCCGCGCGCGGAUGCACGACAAGCCUCGAGAUCAAUCACGCCCACGCAUCUCCCGGCUGCAGCAAUAUCGCCGAGCUUUGCUGCUGGACCGCCGUCGAGCUUGUUGCACAGCCCCUCGGGUAGUUUCAGCUUUCCAUCGCCCAGCGGUAUAGGCACAGUUCAACAGCCACAGUUGAAUCUGGGUGGAUUUAGGAGUUAUGACCUAGUGCCUCCGGCUGCACAACCUGUGGCAACAGUCGAGAGCGCUGUGCCAACAGCUGCUAGUCCCACACCAUCCUCUACUCUGACCACGGCAGCAUCGAUGUCUCCACCUGCGGAGAACGGUAUGCCACCUCCUCCUCGGCCGAAGCUGAAGCUGAAGCUCGGUGGUCCACGUAAAAGCAUGGAUGCUGGAAGUGCUAGCGGCGCUGGUGGAGGAGCGAGCUCACCUCCUUAG